AUGUCCUCGGGUUUCGUGUCGGGCGGCACAAAUGACGAGUCUGUCCAGCGCGAUGACGCCUGGUUGCGCGCCCAGCAGGAAUUAGAGGAGGAGCGCCGGCGCAAGGCGGAUGUUGGGAAGCAGGAUGGCGGGAAGAGUCUCUAUGAGGUACUGCAGCAGAAUAAAAUGGCCAAGCAAGAAGCCUUCGAAGAGAAAACCAAACUAAGGAACCAAUUUCGCUCGCUGGACGAAGACGAAGUCGAAUUCCUCGAUAGUGUCCUCGAAUCGACACGCGCCCAGGAAGCUGCCGUGAAGAAGGAUACCGCAGAUCAACUGGAGGCGUUCCGCAAGCAGCGCGAGGAGGCGGAGAAGGUGACUCUGGGCUCGACGGAUCUUAAUGUUGCGCCUGCGGAACAUGAUGAGUGGUCUAUUCCCGCGCGCAAGAGGCGGAGGGAGAAGAAGGAUCUUUUGCUUCCUGGGAAGAAGCGGAAGGCUUCUGAGGCUGGUGCUAAGGAGGGCCAGGCUGAACGCAAGUCGAGUCAGUCGGGUGAUGUGAAGAAUGACAAGGACUUGGAUGCGAACAGCGCGAAAUAUUCCGGGGAUACCAGGGAGACGUCAACGGCUUCGGAGAAGAAGGGUGCCAAUGACAAGUCUCAGCCGGAGACGAAGGAGCUGGUUAAGCCUGCGCCGGCACCAGCGUCGACUGGUCUUGGUCUGGUGGGAUACGGAUCGGAUUCAGACUCGGGGUAA